AUGGAGCAUCACUUCUCAUCUUUACCAUUCCUUUUAUUUUCACUGAUUUUUAUGCUUAUCAUCUCACGGAUUCUGAGAGUAAGAAAAAGAUUCAAAGCCACAGAAAAAACAUCGAACCUUCCCCUGGGACCAUGGAAGCUUCCUGUCAUUGGAAGCAUACACCAUCUGAUUGGCUCUCUACCCCAUCACCGGUUGAGAGAACUAGCCCAAAAAUAUGGCCCUCUUAUGCACCUUAAACUUGGUGAAGUAUCAACCAUCGUGGUUUCUUCUCCAGAAUUUGCCAAAAAGGUGUUGAAAACCUAUGAUGCCAUCUUUGCUCAAAGACCUCAUCAAAUUGGUGCAGAUAUCAUGUGUUAUGGUUCCACUGACAUUGCCACUGCCCCAUAUGGAGGUUACUGGAAGCAGCUAAGAAAAAUAUGCUCAGUAGAGCUUCUUGGCACUAAACGUGUGCGAUCAUUCCAAUCAAUAAGGGAAGAAGAGGUAUCGAAUUUAAUAAGAUAUAUUUCUUCUAACACUGGAUCUUCUGUCAACCUCAGUGACAGAGUGGUUUGCAUGACAAGUGCCAUUACUGCAAGGGCAGCAUUUGGUGAAAAAUGCAAGGACCAAGAAGAAUUCCUUUCAUUGAUCAAGAAGCUUGUGAGACAGGUCGAAGGUUUGAUUGUUUUUGACUUGUUUCCUUCUCAAAAGUGGCUUCACCUGAUCACUGGAAUGCAGCCUAAACUGGAGGAGUUGCAUCGAAAAUUGGAUACAAUUUUUGAAAACAUCAUCAGAGUGGCAGUGACAAAGACCGGUGAAGUACAAGUACAGGGUCUUCUCUCUGUUCUCUUAAAUAUUAAAGAUCAUGAAGACUUUGAGUAUCCCUUGACAAUCGACAACAUCAAAGCUGUAAUUUUGGACUUGUUUGUUGCUGGAAGUGAUACAACAUCUGGAGUAAUAGAAUGGGCCAUUUCAGAGAUGGUGAAAAACCCAGGAGUAAUGAUCAGAGCUCAAGAAGAAGUUAGAAAAGUUUUUGGUAGCAGAGGUUACACUGAUGAAACAGCUCUUCAAAAACUAAAGUAUCUGAAAGCGGUCAUAAAAGAAACAUUGAGAUUACACCCACCUUUUCCUCUGCUUCUCCCAAGAGAAUGUAGAGAAACUUGUGAGAUUAAAGGGUACACAAUACCUGCAGGAAACAAAGUGAUAAUCAAUGCAUGGGCAAUUGGAAGAGACCCUGAUUACUGGAGUGAAGCAGAGAAGUUUUGUCCAGAGAGAUUUUUGUAUUCUUCAAUUGAUUACAAGGGUUCCAAUAUUGAAUACAUACCUUUUGGUGCUGGAAGGAGAAUGUGUCCGGGCAUUUUGUUUGGUAUGUCUGGUAUUGAACUUUCUCUUGCACACUUGUUGUACUACUAUAAUUGGAAACUUCCUGAUGGAACCAAGGAAAAUCUAGAAAUGACUGAAGCAUUGGGCUCCUCUUCAAGAAGGAAAACAGAUCUAAUCUUAGUUCCUAUUUCUUACAAUCCUGUACCUGAUUGA